UUUGUCAAUUUAGAUCUGUCGGAUUAUUUUGUGAUCAACUUAAUAUUAAUCGUAUUUUAGUAAUUAUUUUAUGUAAUAUGUGGUUCUUAUUGGAUAUCAGCUGAAGUUAUUGAAACAUAAUCGUAUGUUGAUAGUUUGAAAUGUUAAAAUGAUUCCACUAAAGGACAAUCAGGAUGUGGCAUCGUUCCUUGUCACAAAACACUCUUGGAAGGGGAAGUACAAGAGAGUGUUUUCUAUUGGAACUCAUGGAAUUACUACAUACAAUCCAGAUCGCCUGGAAGUCACCAACAAAUGGCUGUAUGCUGAUGUAGUUACCAUUGCAUCAGCAAAGCAUUCAAACUCUACUGCCAACCAUGACUUCACACUUGUCAUGAAAAAAGAAAAGAAAGUGGACUCAAUGCGAUUUUCUUCAGAGCACAAGUGUUUGAUACUCACUGAAGCUUUUAAAUAUAGGCAUUUGUUUGCGGAGAAACCAAAGGAUGUUUUUAGAUACCAAGCAUAUAAACAUCACUGGAGUGGAACAAGACUACCAAUAGUACUUGAAGUUGGGCCUUGUGCUUUAGAACAGCUAGACCCAUCGACACACACUCAGCUAGCCUUCUACCCAUACUGUGAUAUACAGGGUAUCCUUCCCGUACGAGAUGUAGCUGGUGGUUUUAUGCUUGCUGUUGGAGGUUAUAGUCGCUUACAUCUGUUUUCAAAUGCAAUGGAUCACCAGAUUAUUAUAAAUAAGAUGCUUGAAUUAGCCAAUUUGACAUUGAGCAUUAGCAUCAAGGUUUUAUCAGCUACAAUUACAUUGGAUGAUUAUCAUGAUCAACGUUUUGGAAAAUAUAGUGGAGACCAACAUCAAACAUCGUUGAGCGAGUUCAUCGUGCACAAAGUUAACCCAGCUCGUCAUAUGGAGCCCAUGCGUCGUACACUCUGUCUUUCAGAUACAUGUAUUCUAGAAAGAGAUCCACAAACAUACUCCGUUGUAUGUUUGCGUCCUUUGAGCGACGUUUUUGCUUUGAUAAGAGAUCCUGAACAGCCUCAGAAAUUCUCAAUCGAAUACAUGAAUGGACAGACGCGUACUUAUUUAGCUGGCGAAAGGGACGCGUUAUUGGCGUCGUUAUUAGAUGGUGUUCGUUCGGCGGGCCAGCGCGACGUGCACGUGCGUUCUACGUACACGCCGCGCGGUUACAGACUCGGUCCCUUACACCACAGCGUCGACGAGGAGACUGAAUCUAAUCAUCUAAGAUUGUUUCAAAAUCCAGUUGGUAUGACUCGCGCGGAAGUAAUAGAACGUUUCAACGCCAACAUCGGAUACAGCGGUCUAAUAUACUCCGUUAGCCAAGACCGUUUGUUCGCGGAGAACAAAGAGAAGUUGAUAACGGGCGCCCUGACCGCGCUGGUGAACAGUGUGAGCUCCAGCGCCACGCUGCCCCCGCGCGAGCUGGAGGCGCAGUUCCACGCGCUGCGGAGGCUCUGCGCCAGUAAAGUGGGCUUCGCUGCCUUCACAGCCUUGACCGGGUUCCGCGAGUGGGUGGGCGCGUCCGUGGUGGCGGCGCUGCGGCGCGGCAGUGCGGCGUGCUCGCACGCGGCGCUGGACGCGGUGUGCGCGCUCAUGCAGCCCAUGCACCACGAGCCCGACCUGCGCCAGGAGCAGCUCAACAAGGCCAGCAUGCUCUCGUCCGCGCAGUUCCUCGACGGCCUGCUCGCCAUGUGGGCGGAACACGUUAGUGCAGGCACCGGGGCUUUGGUAGUGGCAGCCAUGUUGGAUUUCUUAACGUUCGCCUUGUGCGUGCCGUAUAGUGAAACCACGGAUGGAAAACAGUUUGACCAGCUAUUGGAAAUGGUUUCUAAUAAGGGACGCGUCAUAUUUAAAUUGUUUGAACACCCGUCAAUGGCAAUAGUAAAAGGAGCAGGCCUCGUGAUGAGAGCGUUGAUCGAAGAGGGCGCCGGUGCCGUGGGCACUCGCAUGCAGGCCCUCGCUCUGGCUGAGGCAGCCCUGCCGAGGCAUCUCCUCACCGCGCUCUACGCUCCAGCGAGACUGCAUCACAGGCAUCUGGCGCGACAUCUGGUGUCGCUGUGGUUGGUCGACCACGCACCGGCGCAUAACCUCCUCAGCAGGAUAAUGCCGUCGGGGCUGCUCGGGUUCCUGGAGUCGGCGGAGAGUCCCCCGGCGGGCGCGCUGGAGGAGCAGCGGGACGAGGGGCGCGACAACCUGCAGCUGGCGCAGGCCGCGCAUCGCCCGCGCGCCUCGCACUGGCAGGCGCUCGACCGACAGGUCAAGUACGUCGAGAAACAUCUGGAGCACUACGCCAGCCUGGCGCUGCAGCACUGGGCGCAGCGCACGGGGCGCGCGGGGGCUGGGGCGGGGGGCGCGGCGCGGGAGGCGGUGCGGGAGCGGCCCGUGCUGUUGCGGCGGCGCCGGGAGCGGGUCAAGUCCGCCGCCAACUGGCCGCUGUUCUACUACCAGUUCCACAGGGACCACGCCCUGCCUAAUCUCAUUUGGAACCAUACGACCCGGGAGGAGCUCCGUAACGCCCUGGAGAACGAGCUGCGCGCGUUCACUUCGGACCGCGAAGUGGCCGGCAACACUCUCACUUCGUGGAACCACGCCGAGCUGGAGCUGCAGUACCAGUGUCUCCAGAACGAAGUCAAGAUCGGCGACUAUUAUCUAAGGAUACUGCUGGAGCAGAAAGACAACGACGACAGCCCGAUACGGAAGUCGUAUGAGUUCUUUAACGACCUGUACCAUCGGUUCCUGUCCACCCCCAAAGUGGAGAUGAAGUGCAUGUGCCUGCAGGCGAUGAGCAUCGUGUACGGGCGGUACUUCGAGGACAUCGGACCUUUUGCCGACACCAGAUACAUCGUGCAGAUGUUGGACAGGACCUGUGAUAGAAUGGAGAGAGAUAGACUUGUUCAGUUUUUGUCGAAACUAAUACUACACAAACGAAACGUUAGUGAGAUAUUAGAAUGGAACGGAAUUAGGAUCUUAGUGGAGCUGAUGACGUUGGCACACCUGCACACGUCGCGGGCGCUCAUCCCGGCGCAGAGCAACGUCAUCGAGGGCCCCGCCGAGCCCGGGGGCAACGACCGCGAGUGGUACUACAACCUCGAGCAGGGAGACAAGGUUCAGAGGAAGGGUCCCAUCAGUCUUCAACAGCUAAAGGACCUGUACAAGUCUGGCGAGAUCACGAACAAGACGAAAUGUUGGGCCAACAGCAUGGAAGGUUGGCGUGCAGUUGGCGGUAUUCCCCAACUCAAGUGGACGCUGGUGGCGCGGGGAGCCCCAGUUUUCGAUGAAAGCGCUCUGGCCGCUACGAUUUUGGAUCUAUUGAUUACUUGUUCACGAUACUAUCCGAGCAGAGACGAAGAAGACGCGGUAAUAAGGCCGCUCCCAAGAAUAAAGCGGCUGCUCUCGGAGCCGGCCUGUCUGGCGCACGUCGUCCAGUUGCUGCUGACCUUCGAUCCCAUACUCGUCGAAAAGGUCGCAACUCUUCUGUAUGAGGUGAUGCAAGACAAUCCGGAGAUAUCGAAAUUGUACUUAACUGGAGUGUUUUAUUUUAUGCUCUUGUACACGGGAUCCAACCUGUUGCCUAUAGCAAGGUUCCUGCGGCUCACGCACAUGAGGCAGGCCUUUAGAGCUGAUCAGAGCACGUCCGACAUCAUGCAGCGUUCGAUAUUAGGUCAGCUGCUGCCGGAAGCAAUGGUCUGCUAUCUGGAGAAUCACGGAGCAGAGAAGUUCGCUCAGAUAUUCCUGGGAGAAUGGGACACUCCAGAAGCCAUUUGGAACAAUGAAAUGAGACGGAUGUUGAUAAUGAAAGUAUCGGCGCACAUCGGCGAGUUCACGCCGCGGCUGCGUGCGCACGUGGCGGCGCGCUACCCCUACCUCGCGAUACCGGCGCUGCGCUACCCGCAGCUGGACGCCGAGCUGUUCUGCAACAUGUUCUACCUCAGGCAUCUGUGCGACAACACCAGGUUCCCAGAUUGGCCGAUACCUGAUCCGGUGGGGCUCUUGAAGGGUGUUCUCGAGGCAUGGCGGCGUGAAGUUGAGAAGAAGCCGGCCGCCAUGAGUGCGACGCAAGCGCUGGGCGUGCUGGGCCUGCCGCCCGACACCAGCGACGACGCCGUCGUGCGGAGGGCUUAUUAUCGACUGGCUCAGCAGCACCAUCCAGAUAAAAACCCUGAAGGAAGGGAUCGUUUCGAGGCUGUAAAUCAGGCGUACGAAUUUCUGUGCAGCAGAAACGUGUGGACGGGAGACGGACCGAACACAAACAACAUUGUACUUAUAUUGAGGACUCAAACUAUACUUUUCCAAAGAUAUUCAGAAGUGUUGGCGCCGUACAAGUACGCGGGCUACCCGCAGCUGCUCCGCACGGCUCGGCUGGAGGCGGGCGCCGAGCAGCUGUUCGGUGCAGGCGGCGCCUUGCUGCCCGCCGCCUGCGAGCUCGCGCACGCCACGCUCUGCUGCUCCGCGCUCAACGCCGAGGAGCUGCGCCGCGAGCAAGGCCUAGAGGUUUUACAAGAGGCGCUGGCCCGGUGCGUGCCGCUGCUGGGCUCGGCGACGUCGGCGCAGGACCCGCUGGCGGCGGUGUGCGCACACUGCGCGCGCUGCUUCGCCGUGGCCGCCACGUUCCCGGCCUGCCGCGAGCGCUGCGCCCUCAUGACGCAGCUCUGCAUGGACAUCGUGCCGCUACUCAAACGACCGAACCUGGGGGACACUGCGUGCGCGGGCGCGGAGGCGGCGGGCGCGCUGGCGGCGGACGCGCGGUGCCGGGCGCAGUUCGCGCGCGCCGGCCUGCUGCACGCGCUGCUGCCCGCCGCGCUGCAGUACGACUACACGCUCGCCGAGUCCGGCCUCGACACCGACGUCAAGGCCAACAAACAGGAGAUAUCGAAUCAACUAGCGAAGAAGUGCGUGAUAGCCUUGGCGGCGAUGUACGGGCCGCACGAGGAGCCGGCGCCGGACGACGAGCGCAUCCGCGACGCGCUGCACGUGCUGCUGACCCCGCACCUCUGCGGCAGACUCGCCGAGCCCGACCAGCACGAGCUCCUAAAGACUCUAACGUCGAACUGGCACACUCCGUACCUGGUGUGGGACAACAGCACGCGAGCCGAACUACAAGACGUGCUGCAGAACACCAGGGCCAACUACGAGGAGGAGGGGCCGCUGAUAGCGCCCUUCACGUACUCGGCACACGCGGGCCUUCUGUCGGUCGGCGGAGUCUACAUUGACAUAUACAACGAACAGCCUGACUUUCCUAUUGAGAACCCACAACAGUUCAUAUUGGAUCUGCUGAAAUUCGUUCGGGAAGAAGUUAAAGGCGACAUGACCUUGGAGCGAGUGGAGCACAUAACACAUGCUUUGACAGCACUCUCUAAUGUCAUUAUUAAAAAUCCAGGCGUCGAAAUAAACUGCAUCGGUCAGUUCGGUUUGAUAUUCGGCAUGUUGUCGGGGCGCGGGCGGCCGCGACUACAGGACGCUGCGCUGCGGACGGUGCGCGCGGCGGCCGGCACGCGCGAGUGCGUGGACGACAUCGCCGCCAGCUGCGUGCUCGGACACCUGCUCGCCGCGCUGCCAGAGCGCCCGACGCGCCCGGACGCGCUGCCCGCGCUCGCCGCGCUGCUCGCCAACACCGCGCUCGUCAAGGAGGCGCUCAACAAAGGUGCCGUGAUAUACCUACUGGAUCUGUUCUGCAACAGUAAAGCGCCGGAGACGCGCGAAGCCGCCGUCGAACUCUUAGCGAGGAUGAUGGCAGACAAAUUACACGGACCUAAGGUCCGCUUGGCGAUAUCUCGGUACGUGCCGGGCGUGUUCGCGGAGGCGAUGCGCGAGUCGGGCCCCGCCAGCGCCGUGCACAUGUACGACGCCGCGCAUGAGCACCCCGAGCUCGUGUGGAGCGAUGACGUCAGGCAGCGACUCGCCGAACACAUCGCGCUACUCAAAGACAGACAUCAAGCGAGACAGGCCCUCGACCCGAACGCGACGUUCGAGGACCGCGAGGUGGCGGCGGGCGAGCAGGCCUGGGCGCCGCCCGGCGAGGUGCUGGUGGGCGGGGUGUACCUCAAGCUCUAUCUGCAGCACCCCUCCUGGAACCUGCGCAGCCCCAAGCGGUUCCUGCAGGACCUGCUCGCGGAGACCGUCGCCGCCUUACAGAAGGACUCCUCACAGGGCAGCAGAGGGGAGCUGUGCGCGCAGGCGCUGGUGGUGCUGCUGCGGUCCCGGCCCGCGCUCAGCGAGGCCUGCGCGCAGCUGGGCGAGCUGCCGCGCCUCACCAACAUGCUGCCCUCCUGCCCCCUGCACAUCGUCCCGGUGCUGGCCGCCGUCGCAGACACGCAGGCGUGUGUGAUGGCGCUGACCCAGACCGACAUAAUGAUCGGCAUGAAGACCGCCGUGAAGUCGUGUCCCGAGGUGGUGGGCUCCGCGUGCGAGACGCUCUCCUCCAUCUUCAGUAGCAACGUCAACACGGACCGCCUCGUGCUGCAGGCACUGGAAUGCUCUCUGGUGAGCUCGCUGCUGUCGCUGCUGGAGUCGCGCGUGGAGGGCGGGUGCGCGGCGCGGCUGGUGGCGGCGCUGCAGGGCAUGGCGCGCUCGCCGGCGCACGGACAGCGGGUGCGGGCCGCGCUCGCCGCCUGCGCCGUCUGGCCGCAGUACUCCGCGCAGAGGCACGACCUCUUCAUCGCGCCGCCCGACCGACACUCCAUCGCCGCAGCUCCGCACUCGGCCGGCUACCUGACGGCGCCGCCGCUCAACAUCCCGGCGCAGCCGCCCCCCAUCGACUGACCGGCGACUCCGCCCGCGCUCACGUACGUCGCUCUCUACCGCGUACAGACGACAACAAAACUGCAACAGUAGCGAUGUUGAUUACUUUACGGAAUUAUUUUUACUUCAUAGAUAGAUUCUCAAUAUUUAAAACCAUUAUUAAUUUGUUAUAAUAUAUGUUAAAAAAUUAUUAGUGUCACCGCUUGGAUCUGUCCUCUGACGUCACAAGUGGCUAUAAUUUCCUUUCCCAUAAUUUCAUAAAAACAAAACGAAUGAUACUAGAUUAAACUAUAUUUAUCUAUGAAUUGAGAAUCAUUCUGACAGAACAUCAAUAUCCUUCAUUCUAUUUUCUACCUACGAAUAAAUAUAGAAAGGACAGUAUUUCACAACAAAAAAAUACAUUGAAAUAUGAAGUUUUUGUAUAAUGGCCUAUAAACUAUAUUUAAGUUAUCAAUCAGUUACACGUUUUAAUCGCACGAAUUGAACAAUGAUAAGAAAGCAUUUGAAAUAAAUACUAUUAAUGAGACUUAAAUAUUAUGUAAUUAAUACUGUAACAUGUACUGUUCAUUAAAAAAUCAUAAAACCAUUUUAAUAAUUUUAAUCGAGAUUGAUAAAACGAAAUAGUGUGUACAUAGCUCGGUCAACGUUAAUACAGUCUUGCAACGUUUAGUCUUGCAUAGGAAAUUCGCCUUAUUAGCGUUCAAUGGAGUCGAAACAGUUUGUAGUACAUUGCGUAUUAAAAAAAUAAAUAUUUCGGUAACAAUGUUCGUUCGUCGAUGUUCCUACCACGUAACAAGACUGGUGGACUCCCCAUUGGCUCCUACUACCUCAUACAUAUAAUGUAAUGUAUGAGAGCGAGUGUGGCAUGUACUUCCUCAAACGAGGGUCGAGGAGCGUCCUCAGCAAUCAGCCCCUGGCAUUACUGAUGUUCACGGGCGACGGUUUUCACGAAGCGACCCGUGCCUUUGAGAAUUAUCUGUACUCCUUGAAAUCUGAUGACUUUUCAUCGAAAUGGAAUAGAAGAUUUCAGAGUUAGUUUUGUCGUUAAAAUAAUAAGACAAACUGCCUGUCUGUUCAAAUUAACGUAUCCGUAUCGUAUUAAUAAAAUCCUAAAAUACAUAAUAAUACUGUACUGUUGUCUAGUAAAUUGAUAAAAAAAUCCCAGUGACUGCUCUUUAUCGAGUAAAUUGAAAUAAUACGAGCUUUACUAACUCUAUAACCAUUAAAUUACCUGAUCAUAAAUACUAUUAUAAAAAUUUCGUAAAAAAAAAGUAUACAUUCGUAACCGUAUAUUUGAAAAUGGAUAGGAUUAAAAAAAACAUACGCAAUAUAUUAAAUUAUUUUAACAGAUUGCAAAAAAAUAAACAGAUGAAGCCUAGAUACAAUCCAAGUUUAUCGAAUGAAAAUAGUCUGCUAAAGUAUGCCAAGUAAUUCCAAGAGAAAUUAUUUAUUUAUCAGAGCUGGCAACUGCGGCCGUCUCGGAUUUAAUUAUCCGGAUGGUAGAUUUAGUUAUUCUUAAUUAAGUGCCGAUCUUCGCAAUAGAUGGGUACUAUACGAAAGACAAUAUAUAUACAUAACUUCAAUAUAAAUGUACAUAACGUCACCCUUCUAAACAAUAAAAAAUAAUGUAAUAAAUGCAUCUAAAUUAUUAGUUCAACAUCAAGUCAUAACAGUGAAUAUUUACCUACUACGCCUUGAAUUUAAUAGAUUAUGUUUAAAUAAUGGCGAUAGUUUUUAGGCGACCUUUCCAUAUUAUUAAAAAGGAACAAUUUACGGGCACGCUUCAGAAACAUCAGAAGUACUAAUAAAAGAAUUCAAACAAGUUUAAAUUCUAUUGAACGUGUUCUAAAUUAAAGUAACCCUAAUUGUAUUAUUAAUGAAGAAAAAAAUAUUAAUCUCAAUAUAAUAAUAAUAAUAAUAGCUUUUUCAAUGGAAUAAAGUAUUACCAGCCAAAGGUUUCCUUUUGCAAUAAUGUUAAGUUUUAAUUUUUUAAAUCUUUAAUAGAAUUAAUUGCAUGACUAGUAACUUGUAAAAAGAAAAUUAUUAUAUUGUUUAAAAAUAAUUGAUCUCUCGAUUCAAAAACAAAAAAGAAAUCAUUCCUAAAAAUCGUUAAUUUUAAUGAAGUAUAUCACUCAAUACUUAUGUUUGUUGAAAAUUGUAUUUGUUUGAGAAAAUAUAAAGUUACCGUCAUAACUUUAAUAUAUUUUAUGUUCAACUUUUUUUAAAUUAGAAUAUCAUUGCAUAAAGUAUUGUAUGGGCCGUAUUCUCGUUUGCCUGAAGAAAACAUGAGAAUUGAAACAAAAUUGUUUAUGGCUUAAUGUAAUGAUUGCCUAUGGUUCUUCAAUAGAUAGUAAAAAAAACAAAUUGUGCUCGAUUCUACGUACAUGCUGUUAAAAAAUAAGUACAUUCUAUCCUUAAAUCGCUUAGAUCAGAUUCUAUCAUAAAAAAUGCUUUUUUUUUUUUUUGUUUCAAUCACGUAUUAAACUAAUGUGAUAGUAGAAUUCGCACUUUUAUACCGCUUAGAUAUAAAUUAAGAAAUUCUAACGAACAUGAGGAUCCCUUUAGGAACCUAGUAGUAAUUUUAGUGGUAAAUAUGAAGUAAAGUUUGAUUACAAAGCAGCCGAGUGAACGUUUUGAAUAUAUCUUUUUUUAAUUUAAUUUCAUUUAAGGGAGCCGCAUUUCGUUCCCUAUAUCUAUAUAUUUCGCAUCCAUCUGCGACGCAUCUCGAGAUGUCGAAGGUGUCAUAUCUCCCUGGUUUCAAGAAUCUUGUCCCAGGCAUUCAGUCCCUGAAUAUCUUCGCCUAUUCUAAUCUCACUCUUGUAUUUCUCAAGGUGUGCCGGGAUGCUUGAACCUUCCGCAAUUAUUGUAAAAGACUUGCGUCCAUUAUCCCAGUAGGAACGGUAUAUUCGCUCCUCUCCAAAAGCGUAAUCAACCAUGGCCGAUGCGGUAAUUCUCGGUUAUAUAGCGUCGUAUGAGCUAAGGUCGGUUCCAAUUGCUAAUAUACUUGCUGGUGACUGCAGCGAUUGUAUCGCAGGUGUCAACUAGACGGAGCUCAGUUGUCGAGCCACUCCCAGUAGUCCAAUGAGAGGGGUCGAUUGUUUUACAUUUGACAUCUACAACGUAAAUGCGCCACCCACCUUGAGAUUAAGUUCUAAGGUCUCAGUAUAGUUACAACGGCUUAAACCAAAUACUUCGCCUUAAUAAAUAGUCCUUCACUCCUCGAUAAGAUGCAAAGCGGUCACCGAUAAACGUGGACGCUGCAUCGUGAACACUGCCAGUCAAUUUGGACACGUCUCAUGCACAAUAUCGUUGAAACCUUGUGCAUUUAAUUCAAUAUUGAAAAGAUCAGUGUACAUUGGUGAUUGUUUGGUUUUCAGUAUUUUCUUGUCGACGGUCGCUGUUCUGUGUUAAUUCUUAUGGUUACACAAGAAUAGGGGUUUGAAAUUUGAAAAAUUGUGUUCAUUUUAAACGCCGUCAUAUAUAAAACUUUUUUUGAAGUGAAACUUCUUUAGAAUCGCUUUGAUUUCAAACUCGAUGAAACGAAAAAAUAAGUCCAUAGAGACACAAACACAAAAAUGCAUAGGAUUUAGCCGACGAGAGAAUGAGAUAGAACACAUUAGACGUUCUCGGUCUCCUCUUUGUGCGACUCUUCGUAGCAUCCCCACUAUCGUCUACUUGAUAUUGUCCAUAUGUAUGCUCCUGUGCAGUGGGAUAGUCAGUAUAUCUAUAUCUUAUUUUUUCACUUCUACCGUGUGUGAUUUGCACACACACACAUACAAUUUUUUUUUUAAAUUCAUUUUUUUUGCAUGAUUGACUGUAAACUCGAAUGAUGAUUUUAGCGACCCCAUAACUUAAUUAAUUAAUAACUGACUUUGAGGAGGCCUUCGACAUGUUUAAUGGGUUCCUGCCAAACAUUAGUGAGGAUAAAUAAACAUUAAAUAACUAUUUACUUUGUAUUUUAGCAGGAAAUAAAAGGCUUUUUAUUUUAUUUUUAUGUAACUAAUAAUUGAAUUAAACGAAAAGUUAUUCAUAUAAGCUAGAGCUUGCCUACUUAAAAUAUCAUGAGAUAUUAAAAAUGAUGCGGAUUUGGAUAUAGAAAAAAAAAGUUACGAAUUUCGUGUGGUAAUUGAAAUAAACGAAAAAAAGUUUUUACGUCAUAUCAUAGACUAAGGAAUUUGUCGGCGGAGUUAUAAACAAUGCGUUCUAAAAUGCGAGUUAUGAAAGUGUUUUCUUACCAACUAAUUAAAUUUUGUAAGCCAAGGAUUAUGUAAUGGCUUUUACGUUUACGAGUAUUAUUUCAUGCUAGAUGAAGAAUAUGAUUUAUUUUUCGUUCGCCUAUGUGAGUAUAGUACUAUAUAAGUACCUAUUGUGGGUUUGGUGAUUUUUAUUCAACCAAUGAUCAAUAAAUGUUAUGAUUUUUGAACGUAAAUGGAAAUUUCAGUGUAUAUUACUAGGAGACUACAAACUGAAAAAAAAAUGUGUGCGUGUACUAGUGUACACACGUAAGAAGUGAAACUUCUUUAUGGCCUUAUUUUUCGAAAAAUGAUCUACAUGCAACUUUCUAGAAAUUGGUUAAAUAAAGUUAAAUUAGAUAAAGUUUAAACAAAAGGAUUUUAUUAUCAUAGACAUGAAUACAAAAAAGUUAAAUUAGAUAAAGUUUAAACAAAAGGAUUUUAUUAUCAUAGACAUGAAUACAAAAAAGAUGGCGCGUAACGGAAAAAUGUGACGCGUAACCGAAAAAUGUGACGGUAAAUUUUUUUCCAACGCCGAUAAGGAAGUUUCACUUAAAUAAUAAACUAAAGUCUACUAAAUAAAAUAUCUAAAUUUGUACCAAUUUUUUUUACGUCGACAUUUAGGGUAUAAAGAUAUCGUUUAUUAAAAAAAAAUCUAUUCGCUUAAGAAAUUCAAAAGCUUAACUCAUUUUUUACGGAGAGUACCGUGUAAAGAAAUGAAACUAUGUAUGUAAUCGAUAUAAAUUAGUGUUGUAUGAUAAAAAAUUCCUGAUGCGGAACAUGUACAAUGGCGCCGUAAGGCUGUGUGGGCACCGCAUGAUAGAGGCGGAUAUUUUUAUAUUUAGCUCAUAAGAUAAAACUGUAUUAUAUAACAUGAAGUUAAUAUAUUGUAUGGAUCAUGAAA